UGGGAUAAGCAAAGGGAUUGCCUCCAUUUUGGAAGCGCUGAAUCUAGUUGGAAACUUCCUUCUCUUAGGCUGUCCCAAAUUCCAACCCCUUUCACAAAGGCGUUUCUCCCCUUAGUCUGUUCCCUCCUGCUCAGUGUGCUGAGCUCAGCUUGUUCAGCUACAGAGAGAUGGCUUAUACGCCUGGGUUGAAAAGCUUUGAAGAAAUAUGUUAGAUAAAAAAAUUAACAAUAUUAUGCUUUUUGAUAAACAUCAGUUCUGCUUUUAUUUGUUUUUGAUUUUUUUUUUUUUGAGACAGGGUUUCUCUUUGUAACCCUGCCUAUCCUGGAACUCCCUCUAUAGACCAGGCUGGCCUUGAACUCAGAGAUCUGCCUGCCUUUGCUUCCUGAGUGCUGGAACUAAAGGCAUGAACCACUACUGCCGGAUAGUUCUGCUGUAUUUUAUUUCAGACAAGGUCUCAUGCAGCCCAGGCUGGCCUCAAAUUUAGUAUGUAGUAGAAGUUAGCUUUGAACUUCUGGUCUUCCUGUUUCCACUUUGCAAGUUCUAGGAUUUCAGCACACACAGCUACACCUACCUGGUUUGUGUGAUGCUGGGAUUAAACCCAGGGCUUUGAGCAUGCUAAGCAAGCUCUCUACCACCUGAGCUACCUCCUCAGCCCAUCAAGUCCUUUAGUAUUUUAUAAUUUAUUUGGUUUUCCAAGAUAGGAUUUCUCUGUGCAGCCUUGCCUGUCAUGGAACUUGCUCUGUAGACCAGGCUGGCCUCGAACUCAGAAAUAGAUGCCUGCCUCUGCCUCCCAAGCACUGGGACUAAAGGUGUGUUGGCACACUGCCUGACUUCUUUUUUAUCUUUAUUUUUAAAGAUUUAUUUAUUUAUUAUAUGUAAGUACACUGUAGCUGUCUUCAGACACACCAGAAGAGGGCGCCAGAUCUCAUUACAGAUGGUUGUGAGCCACCAUGUGUUUGCUGGGAUUUGAACUCAGGACCUUUGGAAGAGCAGUCGGUGCUCUUAUUCACUGAGCCAUCUCACCAGCCCCAAUUUUUUAUUUUUAAGUAUGUGCAUGUGUGUAUGUGUGUGUGUGUGUGUCUGUGUGUGUAUACAGUGCCUGUAGAAGCCAGAAAAGACACAAGAGCUUGAGACAACAUGCUAGGAACAAGAAUAGAAUAAAAAGAGGGAAAUGGCAAAAAGCAGGAUGAAAGUGAAACAAAUCAGCAGGAUGUUAGGUUCUCUGCUCAGAAGGACUGACAAAGGAGCAGAAGUUUGAGAUAAUGAUCUGCUGACAAAACAGGUCAGGAUCAGGAAGGGAGAGAUACUAACACCAACUCUACUGAUCCUAAACUUUCUGCAAUAAAUUAUGCUGGAGUUUAAACAUUUCCCUAAAUGCUCUCCAAACUUUUUUUUUCUAGUUUAAAAUGCAGCAUUCUAUGUGCAAAUAACUUCUCUAGUACUUAAUUACAUUUAUCAUUCACAUCAGACUCGCGUAAUGUAGAAACUGGGCCUAAGGAAGUAGUGUAGAAGGAGCAUUUAGAAUAAAUGAAAGAUCUCAGUCAUUUUUCUGCUAACAAUGCACAUGGCACUAAAGACGUUGGGCUGAACUACACGGCCUUCAAGUUUCUUGGCAGCUGAAGUUCGGUGUGUAUUAUUGAAGUCCAGUGUAAGCUACUGGGAAAUGGAUCAGUUUAAAUCCAAUAGAUCCUACUAUGGAAUUGCAGCAAAGUUUAUUGUGAGGCUUUUGGGUCUCAAAAAUUGAAGUUUAGGUCCCUUCCCAGGGUUAAGGGAAUGUACACACCAGUGCUCCUAGGAUGGGUGACGGCGUCAGCCCCUGAACAUCAAACGUUGCUUUGUAUUUUGAGACAGAAUAUUUGUGUUUAUCAGGGUGGGUCUCCAACUGAGGGCUCUGCUCAAGUCGUGAGAUUACAGGCUACCACACAGCAAAUGGUCAGAGCAAACCAAACGUCCUGACUCUAAAUGUGCCUUGCUGUCACAAUGUACACAUUCCAGCUCUGCCGACCCAUAUCCCUCUGCAUCCUAAAGCUCCAAGCUUUUUCCUUUCCAGAGCUGGGAAUACAACCCAGCCUCUCCCAGGGAGCCACACCACAGCUUCUCUUCUCCUUUAGCAAAAAGUCACUUUAAACUAUUUGUAUGUAAUUAAGUUGUGCCUGCGUGUGAGUGCGGUGCCCUCGGAAGCCAGAAGAGGGUAUCAGAUUGGAGCUCCUGGCGCUUGAGAGACGCCGAGCACGGGUGCUGAGCCUCGAACUCGGAUCCUCUGGGAAGCAGUGCCUGCGCACGGCAGUCUCCUGUCCCCGAGCCCUCUCGUUUCCGUGUUCUGCUCUACUUCGUCCUCAUUCUCUCAGAGGCAGCGGGGACACAGAUACUCCAGACUCAAGUAGGACUACCGACAACUGCAAUACCCAACAUAGUGGGAGACCGAGGGUCCUACUGGACCCCUGACCCGGAAGGACCCUAAGGGCCGGAAGUGAUGGCAACCCCGCAAUCCCCGCUUCCCUAGCAACCCGAUCGGCUUCCUAGCGACGUAAAGUGGCUGUGCAGUCCCUGGUCCCGCCAUGCCAGUGCGAGUGAGCGAGUUCAGCUGGCAGCAGACGCCGGCCACGAUCUUCCUGUCGCUGCCUUUGCGGGGCGUCUGCGUGCGCGAUGCUGACGUAUUCUGUGGGGAAAGUUACCUGAAGGUUAACUUUCCUCCAUUUUUAUUUGAGCUGUUUCUCUAUGCUCCUAUAGAUGAUGGGAAGAGCAAAGCCAAGAUUGGAAAUGACACGAUUCUUUUCACAUUGUAUAAAAAGGAGCCAGUUCUGUGGGAUAGCCUUUCUGUGCCGGGUGUUGAUAAAGAGAUGAUGCAGAGAAUAAGAGAAAAAUCUAUCUUGCAAGCACAGGAGAAAGCAAAAGAGGCCACAGAAGCAAAAGCUGUUGCCAAGCGAGAAGACCAGAGAUACGCACUAGGCGAGAUGAUGAAGUGGCUGCAUAAACAAGCAGAAGCACGGAGAGCCAUGAGCACUGACCUUCCUGAGUUCUUUGACUUAAAAGAAGAAGAGAGGAAUCCAGACUGGUUGAAAGACAAGGGAAACAAAUUGUUUGCAACAGAAAACUAUUUGGCAGCGGUUGAUGCAUAUAAUUUAGCCAUACGACUGAACUGUAAGAUCCCAUUAUUGUAUUUGAAUCGGGCUGCUUGCCACCUCAAAUUAAAAAACCUACACAAGGCCAUCGAGGACUCUUCUAAGGCACUAGAGUUAUUGACACCACCUGUUGCUGACAAUGCCAAUGCAAGAAUGAAGGCACACGUCCGACGAGGGACAGCGUUCUGUCAACUAGAAUUGUAUGUUGAAGGCUUGCAAGAUUAUGAAGCUGCACUUAAGAUUGACCCAGCCAACACAGUUGUACAGAACGAUGCAGAGAAGAUUCGGAAUAUAAUUCAAGGGACGGCACUGAAGUCUCGUGACUAGAGGCAGCUAGGCACAGGAGUCUCUGCAAGUACUGUAGCUCUGUACAGUACCGCGCUAGUGAGCCUUUGGAAUGGCAGUGCCUGACGAAUCAUCUCCAAGGGGAAAAUGGCCUAGCUCUCACUGCCUUUGAUCCCAGUACCGGGAAGGCAGAGGUAGGCAAGUCUCUAUGAGCUUGAGGCCAGCCAGAGCUCGACAGCAUGCAAAACACAAAAGAAAGCCAGAGAACAGGCUGUUUGAGUCCUCAAUCUUGGCACAGGGAUUGGCUGGGCUCUGAUGUUGCUGUUGAAAUUGCCAGGAUACUACUGAGGAAUCUACAGAAUAGAAUUUCCACAUAAAAGAUUGUGCAUAUAAAAUAUUCUUAUUAUAUUAAAUAUAGUAUUUCAUUCUAAAUGAUUGGCUUUGGUAUAAUAUGUAAACAAAUUUUAGUCACUUAUAGAUACACAUAACCACAUAGUUUUCUUUGUAUCAUUUGUCGUUUGAGGCUAGACCAGUUAGAGUAUAAUAUACAUUGCAUACCAACCCUGGGUCUGCUGGGUAAAAGGAUAUAGAAUUCCAGGCUAGCCUGGGCUACAUAGUGAAACUGUUUCAAGAAAAAGUGAAGAAAUAAACAACAGAAAAACCAGUUACUCUGAAAACCUUAUUUUUUUAAGAGAUUUAUUUAUUUAUACUUAAUUUUCUGGGUAUGGGUGUUUUGCCUGUAGGAAUGUGUACCACUGUUGUAUGCAGUGCCUGCAGUGGCCAGCAGAGAGCAUCAGGUCUUUUGGAACUGGAGUUACAGACUAUUGUGACCACCAUGUGGGUGCUGGGAAUUGAACCCAAGCCCUCUGGAAAAGCAGCCAGGGCUCUUAAGCACUGAGCAACCUCUCCAGUCCCUAAGCCAUAUUUUGAACUUAGGUAUAGGCUGUUGUUGAAAACAAAACUGAGCAGGGUCUUGUGUGUGCCCUUAAUCCCAGCACUCCUGAGUAGGAAAUACAAUGAAGAGGCCUUCUUCCAGGCCAGCCUGGGCCACAUAGUAAGACUGAGUCUCAAAAAAAUCAAGGGCCAGUGUGACAGCUUAAUGGUUAAAAACACUUGUGGCUUUUCCAGAAGACUCAAGUUCAGUGCCAGCCCUACAUUGGAUGUCUCACAACCACUUGAAGCUCCAGCUUCAAGGAUCUGAUGCCUUCUUUGAUCACUCUGAGCACUAUUGUAGUUGCUUUUGGGUGUCAUGUUUGGGGCUUAGUAAUAAAGACAUGGAGACAUCUUUA